UUAUCACAAUCAUAUGGAGGAGGCCUAAAUAGUGACUCUUUACGAUCAAUUAUUUGAUUUUAAUGUUGUUUUAAGAUGCUCGUAAUGGACGUGUAUUUUAUAAACCAUGAUUUUAAACGCAUCACCAAUUCUUGAACAAAAUAUCAGCGUUAGGAGACUAAUUUAGAUUUGCCAUUUUAUGGAAUAACGUGCCGCAAUUUUCAGCACACCUAAUCGUUUAGCUAACGCAAUCAUCCCGAUUUUAAAGCGUUGCUGAAACAGAUACUUGAACACAAAUAAGAAUGCAAAUUAUUUGUAUUUGUAUGUUAAACAUAAAUUAAAAAUGUGAGUGGCGUUGUCUAAUGUCCAAGUGUGGGACCACCAACAGAAAAGUCUCUCUCCAUUCUGAGCAUCUCACAGUGACUUGAGAGUAUAUCAACAUUUUGUUUCCCCUUCAUAUUACUAGCUUCAAGGCAGGUUUAGCCAUGUUCCAUUCUGUUAAAAGUUUCACAAACUUAUUUGCACUGAAUUCCUUCAUGCCUUUUGAGUCUUUGACGUCAUGAGAGCAGUCAGUCUUUGAGUGGAGUACUCAAAUUAUUGACCGGCUGUGAUGCCAUCCAUCCACCAUCUGAGACACUUAUCCUCACAAUGGUCAUGAGAAUGUCAAAGCCUAUCCCAGCUAUCUUCGCUCAGGAGUGUGCAGUGUGCAAGCGAGAGUUCAACCACAAGGAGGACCUCAAGACCCACUUUCAUAUUCACACUGGGGAGCCUUACACAUGCUCGGUCGGCUUGAAGUGUUUCCAUCACUCUGGGGCACUCACCAGCAGGCACUUCUGUACCCACUCAGGAAUGACAAUGCACAGUGCAGCGGCAUCACAGGACCCUUACCAGGGUGCGGUGGAAAGGGGGGAGCUGGUGCACACUAUAUCCAAGGACACACUGGGGUCUCCAGAUGCUUCUGAACUGGGAAGCCCAAGAUCUACACAGAAUUUUGACCUCCUGAACAUGGUUGUGUCCUAUAAGAGAAUGGUGCUCUUUCUGGAACCAGUUACAGAUGCCAUGGAGCUGGCCCGCUUCUUGCUUGGGUGGAGGAUGCCCCUUUGCUCGCUGCUCGUUUGUAUAUUCCUCAAUGUCGUCUUCUGCACUAUUAAUGAAGUGGGUUGGCUGUCAGUAUGUUUGGUGGCAAUUACUGUGCCUGCUGCCCUGGGAUACCUGCAGGACAGGUGCUGGGGCAGAGCCUCAGAAGCAGAACUUCAGAGGAGGCACUAUCAUACUGUACACCGCCGAGAUUUGCAGACUGUGCAUCUCAGUAAACAGGAGGCAAUGCUGGAAGUCAAAGACCUGUUGAAGCAACUGGAUGACAUGCUGUCUUUGGCCUGUCAAUCAGCAGAAACACUUUACAAGGUCCUGUACUGGGACAAUCACACCACAUCGUCAAGGUUUUAUGUAGGAUUGUUUAUCGUAGUGUGUCUCCUCUACCUCGUUCCUGUGGGCUGGGUGAUUGCUGGGUUGAACAGUGCCAUCUUCCUUUGGAAUAGAAACUUCCACAGAGUUUUAUUGGACCUGAAGAAGCUGCUCCACAUUGGUCAGACCCCCAGUUCAGAGGUAAUGUGUGAAGAACAGGAGCACAACAAUGUAAUGGACAGGACACCCACACCAACCAGUCUGGAGGAUAUAUCACCUGGGAGUGUAGAAGAAGCGGAAGAAGCUGAGCCUGAUGAUGAAUUUAAAGAUGCAAUUGAGGAAAGUUCAAUUUCCCUGCAGGAAACCCCUUUGGUUGUAGUGGGGGAGGAUGAUGGUCCACUCGGCGCUCCCGAGUUUGACGCCAUCUCUGAAAAUGGCCUCCUGAGUCGUAAUGAACCCAUACGCAGCAAAGUGUCUAAGCUGACUGAGAAACUGCGCAAACGCUACCCCACCACUAGCGCUGGCAACUGCGCUAGCUGCAAUGCUGUCUUCUCAGUUCUGAAGAAAAGGAAGAACUGCAGUAACUGUGGCAACAGCUUUUGUUCCCGUUGCUGUUCUUUCAAAGUGCUGAGGUCUUGCAUGGGGGCCACUGCUCCCGAGGCCCAGCGAGAGACUGUGUUUGUUUGUGCUACCUGCAAUUCCACACUCAUCAAGUUACAAUGACAUGACGAUGGCCAUGUGACCCAUUGGGAUGUUCGUUGCCAUUUCUUCCUCUGCUCAUCACACCAUCAAGUUACAACCCUUGGUUUUCAAUAUCAGCCACAUCCUUCCUUUAAGAUUGCCCUUUCCUUUUCUGUCUUCUGCUCAUCCUUGUCUCUGGAUGUCGACGUUAAGGACCCUUGUUUGUCCCUUUGCUGAGCAAAGGGCUGUAGAAGCAUAUAUGAAAAUCAGGUGCUGUCAGGUGUCACAAUGGUUUGAAAAUGCUCUGACUGACCACCGCUGUGAUCAAAUCUGAAUGUCUUCAAAAGGCUACCCGGUGAUAAACCUUGAAAUCUGAUUGCAGUCCCACUUUGGUGACUAAAACUAUUGUGAAUUAAUACAAUUAAACAAAAUGUGCCAUGAGUGACAUGCUAAAGGUGUGACAAUGGACUGGCUGGAGAAAAAAAAAAAAAAGACCAGCAUGCUCUUCCUUGUGCUGUUUGAGCUUCUUGGGAUCACGUGAUCAUACUAACAAACAAAGUUCAGCCAACUGGAGUCAUUUAAUAGAACAAGGCGGCCGGGUCAAAUAAUCAUCUGUCUCAUGUGGCAUAAUUCUAACUUGCGACCGACCCAAGAUGCAAUGUU